AGUCAGCUGUUUGUAUCAUUCAUCAUGGUAACGUUCAUUUUGACAGCCUUAGUUUAAAAAAAGUUACAGACAGUGGUAUCCAACUAUAUAUUUUGAAGCAAGAUCGUCAUGAAAAAUCUUAAUCUAACGAGAAUUCUUUUAAUAACGUUUGCAUUGUUUAUAUUAUUGUAUUCGGUAUGUGGUAUGGACAUUCCAUCUAUGGCAAGAAAGCUCUACAAGAAAGUAAGUGACGCACAAAUAAAAAAGUCUUCAAGAGGAUUUCCUCCAUUUUCAUGGCAAAAAGAUAAAGGGCUGUUUGAAAGCCACGUCAAACUGUAUUUCCAUGGAUCAUUCAGUCAAUUUAUUCUACGCCAAGGAUUUGAAAUAUAUGACAACAACAACUUUGCCUCAGCCUGGAUUACAAUGGCUCUUCUAGAAAUGCAUAAGUUAGAUGCAAAUGAAACAUAUGUUCAUGAGGAUUUAAUAUUCAAUGCAGUGCAUGCUAUAGGAAACUUUGCUGAUAAAAACCGAUUCAAUUCCUCUGUUUGUACGUUUUGGCCUCAGGAGUUUAAUGAUUCAGUGAAUGUAUGGCAAAGCACUCCACAAAAUUUGUUGAACUUUUUCGCACUUGUUGAUGAUAUUCCAUUGUCAACGAUUCUAAAGUUUUUGCAGAAACUAGGCAUAGUUGAUACUGAUGUGAUCAAAACCAUCCAGGAGUUAUUGCGAGAAAAGGAUACUUAUAUCAAAGCUUUCCACAUUCCUGCUGAUUUUGAUGAUACAUUUGUGAACAUAGGUUUAGGUUCACUACUAAAGGAGAACUCAAAGUCUUUCCCAAAGUCUUACAAGUCUUGGACAAAAAGAAAUUCCAAUUUAAACUCAGCUUUUUCAGCUCUAAAGAAGUAUGCUUACAGACCAAUGUCAGCUGACAGGAACACUAAUACAGUAGACCCAAGGACAUACUUCUACUUACGAGAAUUCCUGGAAAAAUCCAAAUCUGCAGGAGAGACUAUUGUUCUUAUUCCAACCUGGGUUCAGAAUUUAGAUGAAUCUAGGAAAGACUAUUACAAGGGAAAUGUGAUGCCAUUUAAUGUUAAUAAUGUGGAUGUCACAGUGGCAGCCAAUGGUAUCUAUGGAAUAACCAAUGGUGUUUUAUCAGGCCUAUUGCCAGGCUCCAUGUUGGAGGAUCUUGAUAUUCAGCAAAUUUACCUGAACACUUCAGCUUUGAUUGCUCAUGAAAUCAAGACAAAUUUAACCAAUAGAAAAGAUCUGGCGUUGACCUAUUACCCCUCAGAGUAUGAGUUUUACUGGUUUGUUUCGAGGACGUUUAGUAAACUACAGGAACACUCCCAGCAUCAACGGUUACAUCCAGUAAUGAAGCAGGUCCACGGUAUUCUUGGAGAGGCUCUUUGCGGUCAGAUGACCUCCUCACUUCUGCAGUCCUACAAGACCGACGAGGAAGGUUUUGCUUUCUAUGACGACUUUCUGGGAGACGGCGAUAUGUCAUCUCUAAAUAAAACAAUAGAAAGAGGUGAAGAUAGAAUAUUCACUACGUCUAUGGCGGUGAAUGCCUUGAUGACAACUUGGACCAUCUAUGACCCUGCCAAAAGACAGCUGACAUGGGUUAAAGAUGUUCCAGUAAAGGUGGUGGAUGUGGUUAAGAGAGGUGUUAGUUGGAUAUAUAGAAACGUUUUGUCUGGAAGAUUUCGUCCUUGGAAUGCUUUCUUCUCAGGAUCAGUCAAAAGUUUUAAUUCUAUGCCUUGGUGGUAUCCAUCAAACAGGAAAGAAUAUCUGAACGGAACUUCGUUCAGUGACGAGUCCCAAAUACCAAAUUCGGAUACAAUUAUUGCAAUGGAAGGAGUGGAAUCGCCGGAGUGGUACAGAAAGCAGCUCUAUCGGAAACAUUUUGGUUUUAAUGUUCCAAAAGUAUUUCAUGGGUAUAACGCCGAAAGAGGACCUUUUCCUUUUUGGAACUCAGAUCCCUACACAUACGUGUCCGCCAUGUUGUCUUUAGUUAAAUUUGAUAGCAUAUCUUCAUAAUCGUAAAGUUUGUAUGAAGAAAAAAACACCAAAAGUGUACAUAAAUGAAUUUCGAUAAGCCUGUAUGUAUUAAUUUGUGAAUAGGCUGGCACGUGAAUUUAAAUCUAGAUUCACUUCAGACGCUCUCCAUCUUGUUAUAUUGGCAAAGGAAAACUUACACUUGGUCAGUGGACAGCUUAUUCGCCGCAUCUAUAGUGAAACCAAGCGUGCCGAUCUAUUGGUAAUAUUCAGAAGUAAUAAAUACCUGUACAAUCUCUCUCUGCAACGUUUGCUUGCCAACAUUUUUAACACGCAAUGUUGAAUGGAAAAGCAGCACAAGUGAUGUGACUUUGGCGAUUGUUUUGAGGUUUUCUUUGCAGGUAGUUUGCAGCAGCAAACAAAUUUACCGACAUCAUCAUCUUCUACAAUGCCAGAUAUCUUAAUUACCCAAAUGAUACAUAGCUUAGUAAAGUUGAACUUUUGAAGAACUGUGAUCUCUUAAGGGUAAUUGGAAUGCAGUGGAUAAAAAUUUGAUAUGAGGCAUCUAUCUUUUUAACUUUAUAUGAUGCCAGCUUGUCUUUAAGCAACGACUAGGUAAUCAUUGCAUGUACCACAAACUAUGAACACGACAAGUCUUUCGCUGAAGUAGGCCUUCUCUUGCUUCAUAGAAUGAUAUCUCUGUAUGAUGAACUAUAUCUUACCAUUGCAAACCUUCUUGUCAUUGAUGCUGGCUAGUCUACAGUGUUUUUAAUCCGAAUCAAAUGUUAUAGAAUCAUACGUCGUUUUAUGCGAAGUUCCGCAUUUCUCAAAUUAGCAGCGGUGGAUUAGUUCACUAUUUUAUAGCACGCUAAUUCUUGUUACUGCUCUUUGCAUAAUCUAUAAAAUGAGAUUAUUUAAACUUCAUAUUUUUUGGCUUCAACAAAUCAUCUUGGAUCGAUUACGAAAAGAACAAAAGGCGGAUUCAAGAUCAAAAAAUCCAAACGUGAACCCAUUUCGCAGAUAUGGCUGAUUUUUUUUGUGGUUUUAUGAUAUUGCUCAUGAAGUGACUAGUUCAGUAGUUCAAUAGUGAGUAAUUUUUGCGUUGAAGCUUAAUACCUACGUGGUCUGAAAUAUAUAUAUAUA